AUGGCCCCCCUAACGGCGGAGGAGAGUACGCGACGUUUUAAAAUGGUCUAUGUGGGUGCAUCCUUGAUAGCGAUGGCGAUUUCUACAUACACGACAAUGUAUGGGCGUAUGGACGUGUCUACGUUCAGUCCAUUGAGUCUGGAUGUCGAGGUGUUGCACCAAUUCACUCAAACCAAUUCCGUGACGCGGUAUCGGUGGGGCACGUACCGUCCCGGACAUUAUUUAGGCCUUCGGUCCCGUUCUGCGCCUAAUUUUGUGUCGGCGGGUCUUUUAUGGACGUCCCAAAUGGAAGAUGUGUCCCAAAUACGACAUGAAUGUCGCCAGGAGGACAACCUUCAACGUUAUGGAUGGGUUGAACACGAUGGGACUCAUUAUGGCGUCCAAAAGAUCGAGGACCAAUUUAAUCGUCUCGAGCUUCAGACGAGUUAUGUCCGAUUUUUGACCAAUGAAAUUCAAGGAUGGGGUGUCCGAGUACAAGUGAGUCCUUUGCUCCCUCGAGACGAAAUGUAUCAACGUCAUUUACAAGUACGAAAUAAAGUGUCGGUGUUUUUUUACGUCGACUUAAGCUGUGGAGACGAGACUUUGGCGUUAAUUUGUCGUGAAAAGCUGCAAAAUUUAGUUGAAGUGACAGUUGAACCAACCGAGAUUUUGUGUGGACAGGAGGAUGAAAAAUGUAUCCAAAUGGUGCUGGAGAGUGAAGGGUUAGAAGAUGAGAAGGAGACGGCACCAUUAGUGUUUCAGAUACAAAUUCAGCUGAAAACUCGACGUACAAUUCGUAGCAUGGAGUUGCAUUAUGCUGGUCUUAAAGACACUAAUGCAGUCAAUGUGAAGGAGAAAUUGGUAUCUCUUGCUCAACAUUUUGGUGGCAAAGAGAGCAGGAACUUGGAGGAAGAGGAGGAGAUUUAUCUUGAGGAUUUUAUCGAAGAAGGUAGUACGUUAAUGGUCGUGCAGGCGAUUAUUGAUGUUGAUAUUGCUACGUUUAAAGAAGGAGAUGUUGUACUGGAUGUGCUAUUCAAUGAAGUUGCGUCUUGUAGUGGAGCUGAAACUGUGACAAGUCCCAUUGAUAAUCUCAUGGCUGACAAGCUGAUUGAGUACUCCAAGCAGUUUGAGGACAAGUUUGAAGAAACUUUUCAUUUAUCGACAAAAUCGUGGCCAGUGAAUAAUGGCGAUGAGACGCCGUUUAAUGAAAGCCUCAAAGCAUUUGCAAAGGCGGCUUUCAGUAACUUGAUUGGUGGCACAGGCUACUUUUAUGGAAGUUCGUUGGUGCAACAUGAUCCGGAGAAAUCCGAAGUUGUCGAGUCGCCCGUGAAGCCGCUGUUUACAGCAGUCCCGUCGCGGUCUUUCUUUCCUCGAGGUUUUGUGUGGGACGAAGGCUUUCACCAGAUAGGUAUCUCGGCUUUUGACGACCGACUCACGCGUGAUGUUGUCGCACAUUGGCUUGGCCUUAUGGAAGAAGAUGGCUAUAUUGCUCGCGAGCAGAUCUUAGGCCAAGAUGCUCGUCGUCGCGUGCCGACUGGGUUCUUGGUCCAGCACGUAGAACACGCAAAUCCUCCUACGCUGCUUCUGGCUCUCGAGAAAAUGAUGCAGUGGCAUCAGAAUGCUGACACGGACAAAGAGUUGCAGGAAUAUAUGCGUACGAUCUUUCCGUUUCUUAAGCGUUGGUAUAGCUGGUUCUUGAAGACGCAGUAUGGACCGCAUAGUACGAGCUUCCGCUGGCGUGGUCGUCACCGGAAUGAUGGCAAGCUCAUUUCAAACACGCUUUCUUCCGGCCUGGAUGACUAUCCACGUGCCUCAUUUCCUAGUGAAAAUGAAAUGCACGUGGAUCUGCUGUCGUGGAUGAUUCGGUCGAGCAACGUUAUGGCGAAGCUUGCAAGUUUCAUUGGUCAGGAUGCUGACAUUCAGCUUUUCAAGUCAAACAGUGCGCACUUCUUCGCUGGAUUGGAUGAACACCACUGGAACGAGGAAGCUCAGUCGUACUUUGAUGUGGGCGAGCACAGCGAGGACGGUGUGAUUGAGUACCGGGUUGCUGUGCGCUGCCGCAACGAGCAGGGUCAAGUGAUUGAUGCGACAGCCACCAUUACGCAGCUUGAAACAAAGCAAGUCGAGUGCCCGGCAAGUCAUCCCGAAUACAUGUUCCCUCUGGGUGAUGGCCGCGGUGGGCUGCAGAUGCUGCCUGUGUUUGUUCCUCAUACCAUAAAGCUACAGCAUGUAAAGCACGUCGGCUACGUCAGCGUGUUCCCGCUCCUUCUGAAGUUGUUGCCGCCCGACUCGCUGAAGCUGCUUGCACUGUUGAAGCAAGUUACAGACCCUGCGCAGCUGUGGUCUCCUUUCGGACUGCGUUCCUUGUCUACGAGUGAUCAAUUCUUUGAGCAGGAAAACGCGCCUGGAGACAACCCGUACUGGCGUGGAGCAAUUUGGAUGAAUGCCAACUACCUGGCUUUGGAUGCACUGCAUCACUACGCGCAGCCGAGUACGGGGAGUCCGUUCCAAGCAGAGUUCCAUUCGGCGUAUACUGCGCUACGUGCGAACGUGAUUGCCAAUGUGUAUCGCGAGUACGAGCGCACUGGGUAUCUGUGGGAACAGUACAGCGGUGAUAUUCAUAGUGUGCAGCAAUACGGUCGAGGACAACGGUGCCAUCCGUUCACGGGCUGGACAGCGCUUGUUGUGAACAUCAUGGCGGAGAUCUACUAA